AUGGCUGGCUGGCUGCCUGGCAGCCAGCCAGAGAAGCUCCAGCCAACCAAGCGCCACGCAGCCAGCCAGCCAAGCGCCAGCGAUGCAGACAGCCAACGAGGCAGCCAGCCAGGCUUGGAGUGGCAUCUGACACUGGCAAUAGAUGCCGAGAGCAGCCACAGAAGCUCCAGCCAAGCGCCAGCGAGGCAGACAGCCAACCAGGCAGCCAGCCAGGUAGGCAGCCAGCCAGGCAUACAGCCAGGCAGCCAGCCAGCCAAGCGCCAGCCAGCCAAGCCCAAGGCAGCCAGCCAAGCGCCAGCUAGGCAGCCAUCCAUCCAGGCAGGCAGCCAGCCAAGCGCCAGCAAGCCAGCCAAGCGCCAGGCAGCCAGCCAGCCAAGCGCCAGCCAACCAAGCGCCAGGAAGGCAGCCAGACAAGCGCCAGCCAGCCUAGCGCAAGGCAGGCAGCCAGCCGGCCAAGCACCAGCCAGCCAAGCGCCUGGCAGGCAGCCAGCCAGCGAAGCUCCAUCCAGACAAGCGCCAGACAAGCGCCAGGCAGGCAGCCAGCCAGCCAAGUGCCGGGCAGGCAGCCAAGCCAGCCAAGCACCAGCCAGCCAAGUGCCAGGCAGGCAGCCAGCCGGCCAAGUGCCAGCCAGCCAAGCAGCCAGCCAGCCAAGCACCAGGCAGCCAGCCAGACAAGCACCAGGUAGGCAGGGAGCCAUGCAGGCAGCCAGCCAGGCAGCCAGCCAGCCAAGCAGCAAACCAGGCACCCAGCCAGCCAGGCAGUCAAGCGCAAGCCAGCCAAGCGCCAGGCAGGCAGCCAGCCUAGCGCAAGGCAGGCAGCCAUCCAGCCAAGCGCCAGGUAGGCAGGGAGCCAUGCAGGCAGCCAGCCAGGCAACCAGCCAGCCAAGCAGCAAACCAGGCACCCAGCCAGCCAGGCAGUCAAGCGCAAUCCAGCCAAGCACCAGGCAGGCAGCCAGCCUAGCGCAAGGCAGGCAGCCAGCCAGCCAAGCGCCUGGUAGGCAGGGAGCCAGGCAGGCAGCCAGCCAGGCAGCCAGCCAGCCAAGUGCCAGCCAGCCAGCCAGGGAGCCCAGCGCCAGCCAGCCACGCGCCAGGAAGCCAGCCAGCCAGCCAGCCAAGGCACACAGUCAGCCUAGCGCCAGCCAGCCAGACAGACAAGCGCCAGCCAGCCAGCCAGCGAAGCUCCAGCCAGACAAGUGCCAGGCAGGCAACCAGCCAGCCAAGCUCCAGGCAGGCAACCAGCCAAGUGCCAGCCAGCCAAGCAGCCAGCCAACCAAGCGCCAGGCAGCCAGCCAGACGCGCCAGCCAGCAAAGUGCAAGGCAGGCAGCCAGCCAGCCAAGUACCAGCCAGGCAGGAAGCCAGCCAGCGAGGCAGCCAGCCAGGCUGCCAAGCGCCAGCCAGCCAAGCGCCAGGCAGGCAGGCAGCAGAGUGCCAAGCAGCCAGCCAGCCAUGUGCUAGGUAGGCAGCCAGCCAGCCAAGAGCCAGGCAGGCAGCCAGCUAGCCAAGCGCCAGGCAGGCAGCCAGCCAAGCGCCAGCCAGGCAGGCUGGCUGCCUGGCACUUGGCUGACUGGCUGGCGGGCGCUUGGCUGGCUGGCUGGCGCUUGACUCCUGCCUGCCUGCCUGCGCCUCUGCCUGCCUGCGCCUUUGCCUCUGCCUGCUUGCACCUGUGCCUCUGCCUGCGCCUGUCUCUGCCUGCCUCUGCCUGCGCCUGCCUCUGCCUGUCUCUGCCUGCGCCUGCCUGCCUCUGCCUGCCAUCCGCCCUGCCUGCCUCUGCCUGCCGGCCUGCCUGCCUCUUUCUGCCUGCCUGCCUCUGCCUGCCUGCGUCUGCCUCUGCCUGCCUCCCUCUGCUUCUGCCUGCCUCUGCCUGCCUGCCUGUGCAGAGGCAGAGGCAGGCCUCCCUCUGCCUGCCUCAGCCUCUGCCUGCCUCCAGCCAGUCAGCCAAGCGCCAGCCUGCCAGCCAAGCGCCAGCCAGCCAGCCAGUCAAGCACCAGCCAGAUAGCCAAGCGCCAGCCAGCCAGCCAAGUGACAGCCAGCUAAGUGCCAGCCAGCCAGCGAAGCUCCAGCCAGACAAGCGCCAUGCAGGCAAGCAGCCAGCAAAGCGCAAGGCAGGCAGCCAGCCAGCCACGCGCCAGCCAGCCCGCCCGCCUACCAGCCAGCCCACCAGCCAGCCAGCCCACCAGACAACCAGCCAGCGAGCCCGCCCGCCUGCCAGCCCGCCAGCCAGCCUACCAGCAAUCAAGCCUGCCAGCCAGCCUGCCUUCCUGCCUCAGCCUGCGCCUGCCUCUGCCUGCGCCUGCCUCUGCCUCCCUGCCUCUGCCUGCCUGCCUCUGCCUUUGCCUGCCUCUGCCUGCCCGCCUCUGCCUCCUCUGCCUGCCUGCCUCUUGCUCUGCCUACCUCUGCCUGCCUGUGCCUGCCUCUGCCUGCCUCUACCUGCCUCUGCCUGCCUGCCUCUGCUUGCCUGCCUCUGCCUGCCUCGUUCUCCCUGCCUGCUUGCGUCUGCCUGCCUGCCUGCCUCGGCUGCCCGCCUCUGCCUGCCUGCCUCUGCCUGCCUGCCUCUGCCUGCCAGCCUCUGCCUGCCUGCCUCUGCCUGCCUGCCUCUGCCUGCGGGCCUCUGCCUGCCUCCCUGUGCCUGCCUCUACCUGCCUCUGGCUCUGCCUGCCUCUGCUUGCCUGCCUAUGCCUGCCUGCCAGCCUCUGCCUCUGCCUGCCUGCUUCUGCCUGCCUGCAUUUGCCUCGGCCUGCCUGUCUCUGCCUGCCUACCUCUGCCUUCCUGCCUCUGCUUCUGCCUGCCUCUGCCUGUACCUGCGUCAGCCUCUGCCUGCCUCCAGCCAGUCAGCCAAGCGCCAGCCAAUCAGCCAAGUGCCAGGCAGCCAGCGAGACAAGCGUCAGCCAGCAAAGCGCAAGGCAGCCAGCCAGCCAAGCAGCAGCGAGCCAGCCAGCCAGACCGCCAGCCAGCCAGACCGCCAGCCAGCCAGUACGCCCGCCGGCCAGCCCGCCAGACAACAGCUAGCCAGCCAGCCAGCCAGCCUACCAGCCAGCAAGCCUGCCAGCCAGCCAGCCUGCCUGCCUGCCUGCGCCUGUCUCUGCCUGCCUCUACCUGCGCCUGCCUCUGCCUGCCUGCCUCUGCCUCUUUCUGCCUGCCCCCUCUGCCUGCCUGGCUCUGCCUGCCCGCCUCUGCCUGCCUGCCUCUGCUUGCCUGCCUCUGCCUGCCUGCCUCUACCCGCCUGCCUGCCUCUGCCUCUUUCUGCCUGCCUGCCUCUGCAUCGCCCUGCCUGCCUGCCUCUGCCUGCCAGCAUCUCCCUGCCUCUGGCUCUGCGUGCCUGUGCCUGCCUCUACCUGCCUCUGCCUGCCGGCCUCUGCCUACCUGCGUCUGCCUGCCUGCCUCUCCCUGCCUGCUUGCCUCUGCCUGCCUCUGCCUGCCUGCCUGUCUCUACCUGCCUGCCUCUAUCUCUGCCAGCCUGCCUCUGCCUGCGGGCCUCUGCCUGUGCCUGCCUCUGCCUCUACCUGCCUCUCGUUCUGCCUGCCUCUGCUUCCCUGCCUAUGCCUGCCUGCCAGCCUCUGCCUGCCUGCCUCUGCCUGCCUGCAUCUGCCUCCCUGCCUCUGCCUGCCUCUGUCUCGUCCUGCCUGCCUCUGCCUUCCUACCUCUGCUUCUGCCUGCCUCUGCAUAGGCAGAGGCAAAGGCAGGCCUGCCUCUGCCUGUACCUGCCUCAGCCUCUGCUUGCCUCCAGCCAUUCAGCCAAGCACCAGCCAGCCAAGCGCCAGCCAGCCAAGCACCAGCCAGACAGCCAAGUGCCAGCCAGCCAGCCAAUUGACAGCCAGCCAAGUGCCAGCCAGCUAAGUUCCAGCCAGCCAGCAAAGCUCCAGCCAGCCAAACACCAGCCAGCCAAGCAACCAGCCAGGCAGCCAGCGAGACAAGCGCCAGCCAGCAAAGCGCAAGGCAGGCAGCCAGCCAGCCAAGCGGCAGCCAGCCAAGCAGCAGCCCGCCAGCCAGCCAACCAGCCAGCCAGCCAGCCAGCCAGCCUACCAGCCAGCAAGCCUGCCAGCCAGCCAGCCAGCCUGCCUGCCUGCCUCUGCCUGCGUAUGUCUCUGCCUGCCUCUGCCUGCCUGCCUCUGGCUCUGCUUGCCUGCCUGCCUCUGGCAACCUCUGCCUGCCUGCCUCUGCCUGCUUGCCUCUGCUCCCUGCCUCUACCUCUACCUGCCUGCCUCUGCCUGCCUGCGUCUGUCUCUGGCUGCCUGCGUCUGUCUCUGCCUGCCUGCGUCUGCCUGCCUGCCUGCCUCUAUCUGCCUGCCCCUGCCUGCCUGCCUCUGCAUGCCUGCCCCUAUCUCUGCCAGCCUGCCUGUGCCUGCCUCUGCCUCUACCUGGCUCUGCCUGCCUCUGCCUGCCUAUGCCUGCCUGCCUCUGCCUACCAGCCUCUGCAUCUGCCUGCCUCUGCCUGCCUGCGUCUGCCUCUGCCUGCCUGCCUCUGCCUGCCUCUGUCUCUGCCUUCCUGCCUCUGCCUCCCUGCCUCUGCCUGCCUGCCUCUGCUUCUGCCUGCCUCAGCCUCUGCCUGCCUCCAGCCAAGCGCCAGCCAGCCAGCCAAGCACCAGACAGCCAAGUGCCAGCCAGGAAGCCAAAUGAUAGCCAGCCAAGCGCCAGCCAGCGAAGCUUCAGCCAGACAAGCGCCAGGCAGCCAGCCAGCCAGCCAAGCGGCAGCCAGCAAGCCCGCCAGCCAGCCAGGCAGCCAGCCCGCCAUCCAUCUAGCCCACCAGCAAGCCCGCCAGACAGCGAGCCCGCCAGCCAGCCCACCAGCCAGCCAGUCCGCCCGCCUGCCAGCCCGCCAGACAACAGCCAGCCCGCCAGCUAGCCCGCCAGCUAGCCCGCCAGCCAGCUUGCCUGCCUGCCUCUGCCUGCACCUGCCUCUGCCUCCCUGCCUCUGCCUGCCUGCCUCUGUCUUUGCCUGCCUCUGCCUGCCUGCCUCUGCCUGCUUGCCUCUGCCUACCUGCCUCUGCCUGCCUCUGGCUCUGCCUGCCUGUGCCUGCCUCUACCUGCCUCUGCCUGCCUGCCUCUGCCUGCCUGCCUGUGCCUGCCUCUACCUGCCUGCUUGCCUCUGCCUCUUUCUGCCAGCCUGCCUCUGCCUGGGUCUGCCUGCCUCUGCCUGCCUGCCUCUGGCUCUGCCUACCUCUGCCUGCCUCUACCUGCCUCUGCCUGCCUGCCUCUACCUGUCUGCCUCUGCCUGCCUGCCUCUGCUUGCCUGCCUCAGCCUGCCGGCCUCUGCCUGCCUGCCUGCCUCUGCCAGCCUCUGCCUGCCUGCCUGCCUCUCCCUGCCUGCUUGCCUCUGCCUGCCUGCCUGCCUCUGCCUGUUCCUGCCUGCCUCUGUGCCUGCCUCUUCCUGUCUGCAUCUGUCUCUGCCUGCCUCUGCCCGCCGGCGUCUGCCUCUGCCUGCCUUCCUAGAUAGAGGCAUGCCUGCCUCUAUCUCUGCCAGCCUGCCUCUGCCUGCGGGCCUCUGCCUUCCUGCCUCUGCCUGCCUCUGCCUCUACCUGCCUCUGGCUCUGCCUGCCUCUUGUGCCUGCCUCUGGCUCUGCCUGCCUAUGCCUGCCUGCCUCUGCCUGCCAGCAUCUGCAUCUACCUGCCUCUACCUGCCUGCGUCUUCCUCUGCUUGCCUGCCUCUCCCUGCCUCUGUCUCUGCCUUCCUGCCUCUGCCUCCCUGCCUCUGCCUGCCUGCCUCUGCUUCUGCCUGCCUCAGCCUCUGCCUGCCUCCAGCCAAGCGCCAGCCAGCCAGCCAAGCACCAGACAGCCUUGUGCCAGCCAGCAAGCCAAGCGCCAGGCAGCUAGCGAGACAAGCGCCAGCCAGCAAAGCGCAAGGCAGGCAGCCAGCCACCAAGCGCCAGCCACCAAGCGCCAGCCAGCCAAGCGGCAGCCAGCCAGCCCGCCAGCCAGCCCACCAGCAAGCCCGCCAGACAGUGAGCCCGCCAGCCAGCCCACCAGCCAGCCAGUCCGCCCGCCUGCCAGCCCGCAGCCAGCCCGCUAGCCAGCCUGCCUGCCUACCUCUGCCUGCGCCUGCCUCUGCCUGCGCCUGCCUCUGCCUGCCUGCCUCUGCCUCUUUCUGCCUGCCUGUUUCUGCCUGCCUCUGCCUGGCCCUGCCUGCCAACCCCUGCCUCUGCCUGCGCCUGCCUCUACCUGCGCCUGCCUCUGCCUGCCUGCCUCUUGACUGCCUACCUCCCUGCCUCUGCCUGCCUGCCUCUACCUGCCUGCCUGCCUCUGUCUCUGCCUGCUUGCCUCUGCCUGCCAGCCUCUUCCUCUGCCUGCCUGCCUCUGCCUGCCGGCCUCUACCUGCCUGCCUGCCUCUGUCUCUGCCUGUCUGCCUCUGCCUGCCCGCCUCUGCCUGCCUGCCCGCCUCUCCUGCCUCUGCCUGCCAGCCUCUGCCUGCCUGCCUCUGCCUGCCUAUGCCUGCCUGCCUCUGCCUGCCUCUGUCUCUGCCUGCCUGCCUCUGCCUGCCUCUGCCUGCCUGCCUCUUCAGAGGAAGGCCUCCCUCUGCCUGUGCCUGCCUCUGCCUGCCUCAGCCUCUGCCUGCCUCCAGCCAGUCAGCCAAGCGCCAGUCAGCCAGCCAAAUAACAGCGAGCCAAGCGCCAGCCAGCCAAGUGCCAGCCAGCCAGCGAGACAAGUGCCUGCCAACAAAGCGCAAGGCAGGCAGCCAGCCAGCCAAGCGCCAGCCAGCCAUCUGCCUGCGGGCCUCUGCCUGCCUGCCUGUGCCUGCCUCUGCCUCUACCUGCCUCUGGUUCUGCCUGCCUCUGCUCGCCUGCCUAUGCCUGCCUGCCAGCCUCUGCCUCUGCCUGCCUGCUUCUGCCUGCCUACAUCUGCCUCUGCCUGCCUGCCUACCUCUGCCUUCCUGCCUCUGCUUCUGCCUGCCUCUGCAGAGGCAGAGGCAGCCAGUCAGCCAAGUGCCAGCCAGCCAAGCACCAGCCAGCCAGCCAGCCCGCCAGCCAACCAGCCCGCCAGUCCGCCCGCCUGCCAGCCCGCCAGACAACAGCCAGCCAGCCCGUGAGCCAGCCGCCAGUCAACCAGCCGGCCUACCAGCCAGCAAGCCUGCCAGCCAGCCAGUCAAACUGCCUGCCUGCCUCUGCCUGCGCCUGCCUCUGCCUGCCUGCCUCUGCCUUUGCCUGCCUCUGCGUGCCUCCCUCUGCCUGCUUGUCUCUGCCUGCCUACCUCUGCCUGCCAGCCUCUGCCUACCUGUGCCUGCCUCUACGUGCCUCUGCCUGCCUGCCUCUGCUUGCCUGCCUCUGCCUUCCUGCCUCUGCCUGCCUGCCUCUGCGUCUUUCUGCCUGCCUGCCUCUGCCUGGCUCUGCCUGCCUACGUCUGCCUGCCUGCCAGCUUCUGCCUGCCUGGCUCUCGCUCUGCCUACCUCUGCCUGCCUGUGCCUGCCUCUGCCUGCCUGCUUCUGCCUCUGCCUGCCUGCCUGCCUCUACCUCUACCUGCCUGCCUCUGCCUGUGCCUGCCUCUGCCCGCCGGCGUCUGCCUCUGCCUGCCAUCUGCUGCUGCCCUCCUGCCUCUGCCUGCCUGCCUCUAUCUCUGCCAGCCUACCUCUGCCUGCGGGCCUCUGCCUGCCUGCCUGUGCCUGCCUCUGCCUCUACCUGCCUCUGGCUCUGCCUGCCUCUGAUUGCCUGCCUAUGCCUGCCUCCCAGCCUCUGCCUAUGCCUGCCUGCUUCUGCCUGCCUGCUUCUGCCUGCCUGCCUCUGCCUGCCUGCCUGCCUGCCUCUGUCUCUGCCUGCCUGCCUCUGCCUUCCUGCUUCUGCUUCUGCCUGCCUCUGCAGAGGCAGAGGCAGGCCUGCCUCUGCCUGUACCUGCCUCAGCCUCUGCCUGCCUCCAGCCAGUCAGCCAAGCGCCAGCCAGCCAAGCGCCAGCCAGCCAAGCGCCAGCCAGCCGAGCGCCAGCCAGCCAGUCAAGCGCCAGCCAGCCAAGAACCAGCUAGCCAGACAGCUAAGCGCCAACCAUCAAGCCAAGUGACAGCCAGCCAACCAGCCAAGCACCAGCCAGUCAAGCAGCCAGCCAAGUGCCAGGCAGCCAGCGAGCAAAGCGCAAGGCAAGCAGCCAGCCAGCCAAGCGCCAGCCAAGCGGCAGCCCGCCAGCCAGCCAGCGAGCCAGCCAGCCAGCCAUCCAGACCGCCAGCCUACCAGCCAGCAAACCUGCCAGCCAGCCAACUAGCCAGCCUGCCUGCUUGCCACUGCCUGCGCCUGUCUCUGCCUGCGCCUGCCUCUACCUCCGCCUGCCUCUGCCUACCUGCCUCUGACUCUUUCUGCGUGCCCCCUCUGCCUACCUGGCUCUGCCUGCCUGCCUCUGCCUGCCUGCCUCUACCUGCCUGCCUCUGCUUGCCUGCCUCUGCCUGCCUGCCUCUGCCUCUUUCUGCCUGCCUGCCUGCCUCUGGCUCUGCCUACCUCUGCCUGCCUGUGCCUGCCUGUGCCUGCCUCUACCUGCCUCUGCCAGCCUCUGCCUGCCUGCCUCUGCCUACCUGCCUCUGCCAGCCGGCCUCUCCCUGCCUGCUUGCCUCUGCCUGCCUACCUGCCUCUGCCUGCCUGCCUGCCUCUACCUCUGCCUGCCUGCCUCUGUCUCUGCUGCCUCUGCCUGUCUGCAUAUGUCUCUGCCUGCCUCUGCCCGCCGGCGUCUGCCUCUGCCUGCCUCUUCCUGCCAGCCUCUGCCUGCCAGCCUAUGCCUGCCUGCCUCUGCCUGCCUACCUCCUCCUGCCUGCCUCUAUCUCUGCCAGCCUGCCUCUGCCUGCGGGCCUCUGCCUGCCUGCCUGUGCCUGCCUCUGCCUCUACCUGCCUCUCGCUCUGCCUGCCUCUGCUUGCCUGCCUAUGCCUGCCUGCCAGCCUGUGCCUCUGCCUGCCUGCUUCUGCCUGCCUACAUCUGCCUCUGCCUUCCUGCCUGUCUCAGCCUACCUGCCUCUGCUUCUGCCUGCCUCUGCCUGUACCUGCCUCAGCCUUUGCCUGCCUCGAGCCCGUCAGCCAAGUGGCAGCCAGCCAGUGAGUCAAGCGCCAGCCAGCCAGCCUACCUGCCUUCCUCUGCCUCCCAGCCUCUGCCUGCCUGCCUCUGCCGGCCUCUGCCUGCUUACCUGCCUCUGCCUGCCUGCCUCUGCCUGCCUGCCUCUGCCUACCUGCCUCUGCCUGCCUGCCUGCCUCUACCUCUACCUGCCUGCCUCUGUCUCUGGCUGCCUCGGCCUGUCUGCAUCUGUCUCUGCCUGCCUCUGCCUGCCAGCCCGCCAGCGAGCCUGCCAGCCAGCCAGCCUACCAGCCAGCAAGCCUGCCAGCCAGCCAGCCAGCCAGCCAGCCUGCCUGCAUGCCUCAGCCUGCGCCUGUCUCUGCUUGCCUCUGCUUGCCUGCCUCUGCCUUCCUGCCUCUGCCUGCCUGCCUCUGUCUGCCUCUACCUGCCUCUGCCUGCCUGCCUCUACCUGCCUGCCUGCCUCUGCCUCUUUCUGCCUGCCUGCCUCUCCUCUGCCUGCCUGUGCCUGCCUCUGCCUGCCUCUACCUGCCUCUGCCUGCCUGCCUCAGCCUGUCUGUCUCUGCCUGCCUGCCUCUGCUUGCCUGCCUCUGCUCGCCUGCCAAUGCCUGCCUGCCGGCCUCUGCCUACCUGCCUAUGCCUGCCUGCUUGCCUCUGCCUGCCUGCCUGCCUCUGCCUGCCCCUGCCUGUCUGAAUCUGCCUCUGCCUGCCUGCCUCUGUCUUCCAGCCUCUGCCUCUGCCCUCCUGCCUCUGCCUACCAGCCUCUGCCUGCCUGCCUCUGCAUGCCUGCCUCUAUCUCUGCCAGCCUGCAUCUGCCUGUGGGCUUCUGCCUGCUUGCCUGUGCCUGCCUCUGCCUCUACCUGCCUCUGGCUCUGCCUGCCUGUGCCUGCCUGCCUCUGCCUGCCUAUGCCUGCCUGCCAGCCUCUGCCUCAGCCUGCCUGCUUCUGCCUGCCUGCAUCUGCCUCUGCCUGCCUGCCUCUGCCUGUCUCUUUCUCUGCCUGCUUGCUUCUGCCUGCCUGCCUCUGCUUCCGCCUGCCUCUGCCUGUACCUGCCUCAGCCUGUGCCUGCCUCAGUCAACCUGCCUCAGCCUGUGCCAGCCAGCCAGUCAAGCGCCAGCCAGCCAAGCACCAGACAACCAAGUACCAGCCAGCAAGCCAAGUGAUAGCCAGCCAAGCGCCAGCCAGCAAAGCGCAACGCAGCCAGCCAGCGAGCCCGCCUUCCAGCCAGCCAGCCAGCCCGACAGCCAACCAGCGAGCCAGCCAGCCAGCCCGCCAGGCAGCCCGGCUGCGAGCCAGCCCGCCCGCGAGCCAACCAGCCCGCCUGCCAGCCAGCCAGCCUGCCAGCCAGCAAGCCUGCCAGCAAGCCUGCCAGCCAGCCUGCCUGCCUGCCUCUGCCUGCGCCUGCCUCUGCCUUUGCCUGCCUCUGCCUUUCCUGCCUCUGCCUACCUGCCCCUGCCUACUUGUCUCUGCCUGCCUGCCUGGGCCUGCCAGCCUCUGCCUAUGCCUGUCUACCUCUGGCUCUGCCUACCUGUGCCUGCCUGUGCCUGCCUCUACCAGCCUCUGCCUGCCUGCCUGCCUCUGCUUGCCUGCCUCUGCCUUCCUGCCUCUGGCUGCCUGCCUGCCUCUGCCUCUUUCUGUCUGCCUGCCUCUGCCUGGCUCUGCCUGCCUGCCAGCUUCUGCCUCUACCUGCCUGCCUCUGUCUCUGCCUGCCUCUGCCCGCCGGCGUCUGCCUCUGCCUUCCUGCCGCUGCUGCCUGCCUCUGCCCGCCUGCCUCUGCCUGCCUGCCUCUCCUACCUCUGCCUGCGGGCCUCUGCCUGCCUGCCUGUGCCUGCCUCUGCCUCUACCCUCCUCUGGCUCUGCCUGCCUCUGCUUGCCUGCCUAUGCCUGCCUGCCAGCCUCUGCCUCUGCCUGCUUGCUUCUGCCUGCCUGCAUCUGCCUCUGCCGGCCUGCCUGCCUCUGCCUUCCUGCAUCUGCCUGUACCUGCCUCAGCCUCUGCCUGCCUCCAGCCAGUCAGCCAAGCGCCAGCCAGCUAAGCGCCUGCCAGCCAGCCAGUCAAGUGCCAGCCAGCCAAGCACCAGCCAGCCAGGCUGCCCGGCUGCCAGCCCGCCCGCCAGCCCGCCCGCCAGCCAGCCCACCAGCCAGCCAGUCCGCCCGCCUGCCAGCCCGCCAGACAACAGCCAGCCAGCCCGUAAGCCAGCCUGCCAGCCAGCCAGCCUACGAGCCAGCAAGCCUGCCAGCCAGCUAGCCAACGUGCCUGCCUGCCUCUGCCUGCGCCUGCCUCCCUGCCUCUGCCUGCCUGCCUCUGCCUUUCCCUGCCUCUGCGUGCCUGCCUCUGCCUGCUUGUCUCUGCCUGCCUGCCUCUGCCUGCCAGCCUCUGCCUCUGCCUGCCUGCCUCUGCCUGCGGGCCUCUGCCUGCCUGCCUGUGCCUGCCUUUGCCUCUACCUGCCUCUCGCUCUGCCUGCCUCUGCUUGCCUGCCUAUGCCUGCCUGCCAGCCUCUGCCUCUGCCUGCCUGCUUCUGCCUGCCUACAUCUGCCUCUGCCUUCCUGCCUCUGUCUCAGCCUACCUGCCUCUGCUUCUGCCUGCCUCUGCAGAGGCAGAGGCAGGCCUGCUUCUGCCUGUACCUGCCUCAGCCUCUGCCUGCCUCCAGCCAGUCAGCCAAGCGCCAGCCAGCCAUGCACCAGCAAGCCAGACAGCCAAGCGCCAGCCAGCCAGCCAGCCAGACCGCCAGCCAGCCAGUACGCCCGCCUGCUAGCCCGCCAGACAACAGCCAGCCAGUCAGCAAGCUAGCCAGCCCGCCAGCCGGCCCGCCAGCCAGCCAGCAAGCCUGCCAGCCAGCCAGCCUGCCUGCCUGCCUCUGCCAGCGCCUGCCUCUACCUGCGCCUGCCUCUGCCUUCCUGCCUCUGCCUGCCUCUGCCCGCCUGCCUCUGCCUCCCUCUGCCUGCCCCCUCUGCCUGCCUGGCUCUGCCUGCCUGCCUCUGGCUCUGCCUGCCUGUGCCUGCAUCUGCCUCUUUCUGCCUGCCUGCCUCUGCCUGGCUCGGCCUGCCAGCCUCUGCCUCUGCCUGCCUGGGAGCCUCUGCCUGCCUGCCUCUGCCUGUGCCAGCCUCUGCCUCUACCUGCCUCUGCCUGCCAGCCUGCCUCUGCCUGCUGGCCUCUGCAUGCCUGCCUCUGCCUGCCUGCCUCUGCCUGCCGGCCUCUGCCUGCCUGCCUCUGCCUAUCUACCUCUGCCUGCCUGCCUCUGUCUCUGCCUGCCUGCCAGCCUCUUCCUCUGCCUGCCUGCCGACCUCUACCUGCCUGCCUGCCUUUGUCUCUGCCUGCCUGGCUCUGCCUGCCAGCUUCUGCAUGCCUGCCCGCCUCUGCCUGCUUGUUUCUACCUGCCUUCCUCUCCAUGCCUGCCUCUAUCUCUGCCAGCCUGCUUCUGCCUGCCAGCCUCUGCCUGCCUGCCUAUGCCUGCCUGCCUCUCUCUUCCUGCGUCUGCCUCUGCCUCCCUGCAUCUGCCUACCUCCCUCUGCCUGUACCUGCCUCUGCCUGCCUCAGGCCCUGCCUGCCUCCAAGCAGUCAGCCAAGCGCCAGCCAGCCAGCCAAGCGCCAGCCAGCCAGUCAAGUGCCAGCCAGGCAGCCAAGCGCCAGACAGCCAGCCAAAUGACAACAAGCCAAGUGCCAGCCAGCCAAGCACCAGCCAGCCAAGCAGCCAGCCAAGCGCUAGGCAGCCAGCGAGACAAGCGCCAGCCAGCAAAGCGCAAGGCAGGCAGCCAGCCAGCCAAGUGGAAGCCAGCCAGCCCGCCAGCCAGCCAGCCCUCCAACCAGCCAGUCAGCCUACCAGCCAGCAAGCCUGCCAGCCAGCCAGCCAGCCAGCCAGCCUACAUGCCUGCCUCUGCCUGCGCCUGUCUCUGCUUGCCUCUGCCUGCGCCUGCCUCUGCCUUCCUGCCUCUGCCUGCCUGCCUCUGCCUGCUUGCCUCUUCCUGCCUGGGUCUGCCUGCCAGCUUGUGCCUCUGCCUGCCUGCGUCUGCCUGCCUCUGGCUCUGCCUGCGUCUGCCUGUGCCUGCCUCUCCCUGCCUGCCUCUCCCUGCCUGCCUCUGCCUGCCUGCCUCUGCUUGCCUGCCUCUGCCUGCCUGCCUUUGCCAGCCUCUACCUGCCUGCCUGCCCCUGCCUCUCUGCCUGCCUGCCUGGCUCUGCCUAUCUGCCUCUGCCUGCCAGCCUCUGCCUGCCUGCCUCAGCCUGCCUCUGGCUGCCUGUGCCUGCCUCUGCCUGGCUCUGCCUGCCUCUGCCUGCCUGCCUGCCUCUACCUCUACCUGCCUGCCUCUGCCUGUGCCUGCCUCUGCCCGCCGGCGUCUGCCUCUGCCUGCCAUCUGCUGCUGCCUGCCUGCCUCUAUCUCUGCCAGCCUACCUCUGCCUGCGGGCCUCUGCCUGCCUGCCUGUGCCUGCCUGUGCCUGCCUCUGCCUCUACCUGCCUCUGGCUCUGCCUGCCUCUGAUUGCCUGCCUAUGCCUGCCUCCCAGCCUCUGCCUCUGCCUGCCUGCUUCUGCCUGCCUGCAUCUGCCUCUGCCUGCCUGCCUGCCUCUGUCUCUGCCUGCCUGCCUCUGCCUUCCUGCUUCUGCUUCUGCCUGCCUCUGCCUGUACCUGCCUCAGCCUCUGCCUGCCUCCAGCCAGUCAGCCAAGCGCCAGCCAGCCAAGCGCCAGCCAGCCAAGCGCCAGCCAGCCAGUCAAGCGCCAGCCAGCCAAGAACCAGCUAGCCAGACAGCUAAGCGCCAGCCAUCAAGCCAAGUGACAGCCAGCCAAGUGCCAGCCAGCCAACCAGCCAGCAAGGCAAGCAGCCGGCAAGGCAGGCAGCCAGCCAGCCAAGCGCCAGCCAAGCGGCAGCCCGCCAGCCAGCCAGCCAGCGAGCCAGCCAGCCAGCCAUCCAGACCGCCAGCCUACCAGCCAGCAAACCUGCCAGCCAGCCAACUAGCCAGCCUGCCUGCUUGCCACUGCCUGCGCCUGUCUCUGCCUGCGCCUGCCUCUACCUACGCCUGCGUCUGCCUACCUGCCUCUGACUCUUUCUGCGUGCCCCCUCUGCCUGCCUGGCUCUGCCUGCCUGCCUCUACCUGCCUCUGCCUGCCAGCCUGCCUCUGCCUGCUGGCCUCUGCAUGCCUGCCUCUUCCUGCCUGCCUCUGCCUGCCGGCCUCUGCCUGCCUGCCUAUCUACCUCUGCCUGCCUGCCUCUCUUCUGCAUGCCUGCCCGCCUCUGCGUGCCUGCCCGCCUCUGCCUGCUUGCUUCUACCUGCCUUCCUCUCCAUGCCUGCCUCUAUCUCUGCCAGCCUGCUUCUGCCUGCCAGCCUCUGGCUGCCUGCCUAUGCCUGCCUGCCUCUCCCUUCCUGCGUCUGCCUCUGCCUCCCUGCAUCUGCCUGCCUGCCUCUGCCUGUCUCUGUCUCUGCCUACCUCCCUCUGCCUGUACCUGCCUCUGCCUGCCUCAGGCCCUGCCUGCCUCCAAGCAGUCAGCCAAGCGCCAGCCAGCCAGUCAAAUGCCAGCCAGGCAGCCAAGCGCCAGACAGCCAGCCAAAUGACAACCAGCCAAGUGCCAGCCAGCCAAGCACCAGCCAGCCAAGCAGCCAGCCAAGCGCUAGGCAACCAGCGAGACAAGCGCCAGCCAGCAAAGCGCAAGGCAGGCAGCCAGCCAGCCAAGUGCCAACCAGCCAAGCACCAGCCAGCCAAGUGGAAGCCAGCCAGCCCGCCAGCCAGCCAGCCAAUCAGCCAGCCUGCCAGCCAGCCAGCCUACCAGCCAGCAAGCCUGCCAGCCAGCCGGCCAGCCAGCCAGCCAACCAGCCAGCCUGCCUGCCUGCCUCUGCCUGCACCUCUCUCUGCCUGUCUGCCUCUGCCUCUUUCUGCCUGCCUGCCUCUGCCUGCCUGCCUCUGCCUCUGCCUGGCUCUGCCUGCGUGCCUCUGCCUGCCUGCCUCUGGCUCUGUCUGCCUGUGCUGGCCUCUGCCUGCCUGCCUCUGCAUGCCUGCCUCUGCCUGCCUGCCUGCAGAGGCAGGCAGUCAGCCAAGUGCCAGCCAGCCAGUCAAGCGCCAGCCAGCCAGCCAAGCACCAGACAGCCAAGUGCCAGCCAGCCAGCCAAGUGAUAGCCAGCCAAGCGCCAGCCAGCUAAGUGCCAGCCAGCCAGCGAAGCUCCAGCCAGACAAGCACCGGGCAGGCAACCAGCCAAGUGCCAGCCAGCCAAGCAGCCAGCCAGCCAAGCGCCAGGCAGCCUGCGAGACAAGCGCCAGCCAGCAAAGCGCAAGGCAGGCAGCCAGCCAGCCAAGCGCCAGCCAGCCAAGCGCCAGCCAGCCAAUCGGCAGCCAGCCAGCCCGCCUGCCAGCCAGCCCGCCAGCCAGCCCGCCAGCGAGCCAGCCCGCCAGCCAGCCAGCCUUCCUGCCAGCCAGCCCACCAGCCAUCCAGCCAGCCCACCAGCCAGCCAGCCAGCCCGCCUGCCAGCCCCCCAGACAACAGCCAGCAAGCCAGCUAGCCAGCCCGCUAGCCAGCCUGCCAGCCAGCCUGCCUCCCUGCCUCUGCCUGCGCCUGUCUCUGCCUGCCUCUGCCUGCGCCUGCCUCUGCUUGCCUGCCUCUUGCCUGCCUGCCUCUGCCUGCCUUCCUCUGCCUGCCUGCCUCUGCCAGCCUCUGCCUCUGCCUGCCUCCAGCCAGUCAGCCAAGCGCCAGCCAGCCAGGCAAGCGCCAGCCAUCUACGUGCCAGCCAGCCCGCCAAGCACCAGCCAGCCAAGCAGCCAGCUAGGCAAGCGCCAGGCAGCCAUCCAGACAAGCGCCAGCCAGCAAAGCACAAGGCAGGCAGCCAGCCAGCCAAGCGCCAGCCAGCCAAGUGGCAGGCAGGCAGGCAGCCAGCCAGCCAGCCAGCCAGCCAAGUACCAGCCAGGCAGGAAGCCAGCCAGCCAAGCAGCCAGCCAGCCAGCGAGGCAGCCAGCCAGCCAGCCUGGCAGCCAGCCAGCCAGCCAUGAGCCAGGCAGGUAG